AUUUGCCUUAUCUACAAUCUGGCCACACUUGGUUCAUCUUGAGCACAAGCUUUUAUCUCCCUCUUUCUACCACCAAAAAAAAAAACAUGGAUUCUGUAGCUCCGACUCAUGUGCUCCUUGUAUCCUUUCCAGCCCAAGGGCACAUUAACCCUUUGCUCAGACUAGGAAAGAGACUUGCUGCUAAGGGCCUGCUUGUCACCUUCUCUACAACCGAAAGCAUUGGCAAAGAAAUGCGAAAAGCCAACAACACCACUGAUGACCAAGCCAUUCCAGUGGGAGAGGGUUUUUUAAGGUUUGAAUUUUUCCAAGAUGGUUGGGAAAUGGAUGACCCUAGACGAAAAGACCUGGAAGGCUACUUGCGUCAGCUUGAGCUUGCUGGAAAGGACGCACUUCACCAAAUAAUCAAGAAACACGCCCACAAGGAUCAUCCAGUUUCAUGUCUUAUAAACAACGCCUUUAUCCCAUGGGUUUGUGAUGUAGCCAUUGAACUUGGCAUCCCUAAUGCCGUCCUCUGGGUUCAGUCUUGUGCAGCCUUUUCGGCUUAUUAUCACUAUCACCAUAACCUGGUGCCUUUCCCAUCUGAAUCGCAGCCCAUGAUUGAUGUUCAACUGCCCUCCUUGCCUCUUUUAAGGUACGAUGAAGUCCCUGACUUCUUGCACCCUUCUAGUCCAUUUCAGUUUUUAGGGAGGAUCGCCAUAGACCAGUUCAAGAACUUUUCAAAACCAUUUUGCAUAUUGAUGGACACGUUCCAGGAGCUCGAGCACGAGAUCAUUGACUACAUGUCAAAGCUCUGCGUGAUCAAGCCGGUCGGCCCCUUGUUCAUAAACCCAAAAGCACCAAACACAAGUGUUCGAGGCGACAUCUUGAAAGCCGAUGAUUGCAUCGAGUGGCUCAACUCGAAGCCCCCAGCAUCCGUCGCAUACAUCUCCUUUGGCAGUCUUGCCUAUGUCGAACAAGAACAAGUGGAUGAGAUCGCUUACGGGCUCUUAAAUUCUGGGAUCUCGUUUUUAUGGGUAAUGAAACCACCUGGUAAACAUACCGAUUUCAAGUUUCAUGUUCUACCCGAUGGUUUCCUGGAAAAGGUUGGGAAUAGAGGCAAGGUGAUACAGUGGAGUCCACAAGAAGAGGUAUUAGCUCACCCUUCAGUUGCGUGUUUCGUAACCCACUGUGGCUGGAACUCGUCCAUGGAAGCCGUCACCUUAGGCGUGCCAGUAUUGACGUUUCCUCAAUGGGGUGAUCAGGUUACUAAUGCAAAGUUCUUGGUGGAUGUGUUUGGAGUGGGGGUGAGAUUAUCCCGUGGCCAGGCCGAAAACAGAUUGAUCUUGAGAGAUGAGGUUGAGAAAUGCUUACUGGAGGCAACGGUGAGCCCGAAGGCAGUAGAACUGAAGCAUCAUGCAUUGAAAUGGAAGACGGCAGCUGGGGAGGCGGUGGCAGAGGGUGGCUCCUCCGACCAGAAUAUUCAAUUUUUUGUUGACGAGAUUAAGAGGAGAUGUGUUGCUGUGACUUCCACGUCAAUCACAAGCUUUUGAGUGUACGUCUCCAAUUGCCCCAAUCCAUUUUUAUCAUGGACCGCUACAAUCAUAUUUACAAUUAUGCCAUGACGAAGCAAAACUUCCGGAUGAAUUCCGGAAGCUUUGCUUCACCGUAGCACUGCCCGUAGUUAUGUUGGUAACAUUUCUGUUUGUCCUUUUCCAUCUUGAGGAUCUUCUACAAUAGAUUAUGUAUUUUCUUUUUCUUUUUCUUCUUUCACACAUUUGUUAGAAAAAAAAUAAAAGGGAUUUACGGGGAA